AUGUAAUGUUAUGUAAUGUUGUGUAAUGUUAUGUAAUGUUAUGUAAUGUUAUGUUAUGUAGCUCUGUAUUAUGACCUGCUUGACUUGAAAAUGUUAGAUGACUUAAUGAAGACUUACUCUGUUGAUUAUGAGUGCUGAGGGAUUUUCAUCACAUAUCUUCUUUCUUAGUGAGUUUUACUGAGACACACCAGUGAUGAAACAGCAUCUGUUAAUACUCCUGUUUUUCACAGGAAUAAUCCCUGUUGUCCAGGCUGUCUAUCGUAAGUUCUAUCUGAUCCUCCAGGGGAAGACUAGGAGUGAUGCUCUGGCUUACUGCAGAGCCACGUACUCUGACCUGGCUACCAUUGAAUACCAGUAUGAAGCAGUCCAACUUAAAAGUAUAGCACAGAAUCAAUCCUGCACUUCUUACGCUUGGAUCGGACUUUACAAUGAUGUCAACAGCUGGCGCUGGUCAAUGGGAAACGAGCCACUGGGAAGUUACAGAAAUUGGUGUUACCCUAAUCCUGACAACUACAAUGCACAGGAAAAUUGUGGAGCAGUAAAUUUGACCGGUUGGAUUGAUUCUUCAUGUGCAUCAAAUUUCCCUUUUAUUUGCUUUGACGGGAACUUCACCGGCACCAGCAGUUAUAUUUAUAUCUCUACUACCAUGAUGUUUUCUGAAGCUCAGAGCUACUGUAGACAGCAUCACACAGACCUGGCCAGUGCAAGAAACACAAGUGAAAACUCAAUUAUAAUGGCAAUGAUCCAAAGUGCAACUUGGAUUGGUCUGUUCAGAGAUUCCUGGAAGUGGUCAGACCAGACACCUUUCACCGGUAUUACCUGGCUACCUGGUGAACCUGAUAAUUCCCUGGGAAAUGAAAAUUGUGUUUCUAUUUUAAAUGGUCUGGCUAUAGAUUUGAUAUGUUCACGCAUAAGACCAUUCUUCUGUCAAUCAGUUAUCAAAGGAAGAAAACAAAUUGCAAGAGUGAAGGUCCAAUCCAAUCAGGAUGUGAAUGAUCCUGCAGUUAAGGCGGCCAUCUUGGAUAAGAUGAACCAGAUGUUCAGUGUUCAUGGGAACAUCACUGUGAAAUGGAGAGAGCAACCAAAUGGACAAGUGUUUAAUAAGAUUAAAGAAAAAACCCUCAAAAAUAAUAUUUGUUAAAUUUUGUUUCUUUGGAUGCCGUUCAAUGCUGCGAGAUAUCACACAGCACAACACUAAGGUUAGAUGACAUAUUACUCCUAGACAUCAAUAUAUUGUGUACUGUGUAGUUGAAGAAUAGCAUGCUCUAUGAACACAGCACAUAGUUCACCAUUUGUAAUAGAAUGUGUGUAAUUUUAGCACUGAUACAAGAUUCAAGCAAUUCCAGUUACUUGGUUAAUCCUGAGGUUUAGGUGUUAAGAUGCAUCAACGGAGAAUAUCUGUCAUAAAUUGCCAUAAAAGAUAUGCCUGUAACCAGCUCCAUCAAAGUCCCAGUAGAUUUUGUAGCAUAGAUUUUUGAUACACUCUUUGAGUGUGAACUUUAUUUUCAUGAGUUGUUUUUUGCCUCCUGUGACAUUUUAUUUUCCCAUUUUAAA